AUGGCUCGUUCUGCACUUGUUUCUGAAGGGUUUAACAGUUGGAAGAGAGUUAAUGAUGGAGAAAAAUGUGCAUUUCUUAUUCAUGUUGGUUCAUUGUCUUCAUCACAUAAUAGAUGUACGAAAUGUGUUCAAGAUUUGAUGAAACCAAAGCAAAAUAUUGACAAAGUGUUGAAUGCUCAAUCUACGGAAGAAAUUAUAAAGAAUAGGUUGCGCCUAAAGGCAACAAUUGAAGGUUUAUUAUGGCUUGCAACUCAAGGAUGUUCUUUUAGAGGUCAUGAUGAAUCAAAGAGUUCCUUAAAUCGUGGAAAUUUUAUUGAAUUGUUGAAAUUUCAAGCACAUUUAAAUGAUGAAAUUGCAAAAGUUGUGUUACAUAAUGCCCCGCAAAAUGCUAGAUACACUUCUCCGCAAAUUCAAAAGGAAAUAUUGCAUAUUCUUGCUAAUAAAGUGAGAACAAUGAUUCGAGAUAAAUUGGGAGAUGCCAAGUUUUGUAUUCUUGUUGAUGAAGCUCAAGAUGAAUCUAAAAAAGAGCAAAUGUCCCUUAUUUUCAGAUUUGUUAAUAAUUCUGGAUUUUUGGUUGAACGUUUCUUUGAGAUUUUGAGUGUUGAGGACACAACAUCAGCAAACCUUAAGAAAUCAAUUUCUGACAUCUUUGUUCAACACAAUAUUCAAAUCCACAACAUGAGAGGACAAGGGUUAACAUUGGUUGCAGCUGCUAAGGAUGUGCCUUCUAUUUGGCAAUUCUUUUCUUAUUUGACUUCCAUUGUAAACUUCGUCAUCUCGUCUCCUAAACAUCUUAGUGAUUUACAAUCUGCUCAACAAGAAGAGAUUGCAUAUAUGUUGGCUAUUGGUGAGUGUGAAUCUGGUACAGGAGCUAAUCAAAUUGGUACAUUGCAUAGACCUGGUGCUACUCGUUGGAGCUCUCAUUAUGAUUCUGUUAGGAACUUGAUAGACAUGUAUGAAGCAACUUGUAAGAUCCUUGGAAAUCUCAGUGAAAAUGGGUCAAAUGGUACAAUACGUGGGGAAGCUUGUGAUUUUCAAGUGAUGGAACUAAAUUGUAAAUUCAGUGAGGCAACAAUGGAACUUUUUGCUCUUUGUUCAGCUUUGGAUCCUACUGAUUCAUUUAAAAAAUUUAAUAUGGGCGAUAUUUGUAAGCUUGCAUCAAAAUUUUAUCCGACUGAUUUUACUCAACAAGAAAUUCAUGCUUUGAGAGUUAAAUUGGAACACUAUCAACUUGACAUAGUUUAUGAUCAUGAGUUUCAACAAAUUUCUACUCUUUCUGCAUUAUAUAGAGAAAUGAUUGUGACUAAAAAGGUUGAGAGUUAUGUUAUGAUUCAGAGAUUAAUUCGACUUGUCUUGACUCUUCCUGUAUCAACUGCAACUACAGAGAGAGCCUUUUCAUCCAUGAAAUUUCUCAAAACGACACGUUGCAACAAGAUGGGUGAUGAUUUACUUUCUGAUUGCAUGAUUCUCUACAUAGAACGACAAUUAUCUGAGAAAAUAGACUUGGAAUCAGUAAUAGAUGAGUUUUAUACUCUAAAAUCUCAUCGAGCACACCUUAAGUAG